UUUUAAAAUUUUAAAAUUUCAAGAUUGGCGAUGUUUGCACUCGUGUGCAAAUAUUUGAAUGAAACGAAAUGGAUUUUGAAUGAAUUCACGAGAACUAGACGAAAUUUUUACAAAGGUAUGUAUUUACAUCGUCCAUAGAAUGUGGAAAUGUGUAAAUAUGUCGUUUGAAAUGAAAUAUCUGUAGAAAUAUUUGGGGUUCUGACACUCGAUAUGUCAAAUUUCGGCGGGUUCGUCUUCGAUUUUAUUCUAUUUUAUGGGUGUUUUAAGCGAACGAAUUUCUUAUGCCGGUUUAAAAUAUCCUAGAGAGUAAGAAUGUUCUUUCUGUCGGGAAAUAUUUGUCGAAUUUGCGUUUAAAUAUCAGUAUAUGUCUGGACUUGUAUUCCUAUUUAGAUCUUUAUUUACCGGGGGGGAUGAUGUAAAUUUUUCUUCCAUUGAAAACGAGGCCAAGUUGAUUAGUUGAUAAAGUUCUUUUCUAUGAUGAAUUGGACAAAUAUUGAACCCUUGAAAGUGGAAAAGAGAAGCUAUUGACUUCUUAAUGGUCUACCUGAACAGUGAACUUAAAAGGCAGAUCAACAUUUUUUUUAUUAUGUAAUAUCUAAUGAUCUAUUUGUCUGGGAUUAACAAGGUUGGUUUCCAUGUAGUUAAACAUGUGUAUCAUGGCCCUUAAACUCAGGUUCUUAAUCCUGAGGUUUGGGAAUAAGUGUGUAAUGUCAAGAGAUAGUCAAUAUGAAAAUUCAAACACUUUAAUGUCAGUAAUUUUAUAUGAUAAUAAUAGAUCCUGUUUAGAUUAUGAAGGUUUUAAGAUCCAUAUUUGGAUGAUAUCAAGUUUACGUUCAUGAAAGAGAUUGUAACUUAACACUCAAAGUGUAUACUCAACCUUUGCAUGACCGAAGUUGUGCACCGGAUAGAAUUUUUUGCUAUCGUACCGGAUAGAGUACCAGGUACUGUAUGCCGGAUAACCUGGUCGGAUACCGGAUAAUGUUCAGGCCGCCUUAUUUAAUUAAGGUUAAAGACUACUUUUAAUGUAUUUUGCUUUGAUUUGAAAUAAAAGGAAAGAACUUUGCAGUUUAAUAUCAGUAAACAUGCAUGGUUGCCCAAGCUAUGCUCAACUUAGUUCAAAAGUACAAUCUGCAUUUACAAACAAGCAUGGGAAAUCAUCAAUUUCAAGUAAAAAUAAGAUAAACAAACCUACUUUCUUAGCCAUAUUAAAUAAUUUGUUAACCUCUGAAGAAGGCCUGAACUUUACAUAAACAACAUCUGGUUCGGAUACAGGUAAUAUCCGGCCUGAUACUGUCAGAUAAUGAGUCUACCUAUCCGGCCAGAUAUGAUAUCCAGUGCAUCACUAUGCGUGAACAGGAAUAUUUUUACCCCACCGAGUGAGAAUGGACUGAAAACCCUCUGUUGAUAAAGACCACUCGACAGAUAUUUCAGAUGAAUUAAUUGACAAUUUAAAUAACAUUGUGUCAGAAAUGAUAGAUAUUUCAUAUGAAUUAAUUGAAAUCAGUUUGCAAUUUCCACAGAGUUAUAGAGUGAUAGAGUCACCCCAAGGCAGGGUGUUAGCCAGGAUUUCAUAAGUGGCCAUCCAAAAUAAUUUUGUGGGUGUGGCAACAUUUUUGUGGGCGUGGUCACAUGUUUUGGGCGUGGCCACAAUUUUCUGUUGUUGAGGAAUUGUGGUGUUUUAUUUGUUGAACCAUUUUACUUUUAGAUGCACAUUUGCGUCAUUAAAUUAAUAAAAACGCAUGUAUGGUAUGAUCACUACCGUAACUGUUUUUUAAAACAGCGGUUUCACAUUAUUCUCCUUGAUACUUCAUGCGAGAAUCAUCAAAAUGGUUACAAAAACAUGGCGCGAAGUAUUCAAGAAAUGUUACAAAGCUUGUAGGUUGCUAUUUAAAGAAAAUAUUCCAUUAGGCCGUCCAUUAAAAUUAGCCAUCCAAAUUCAGAAGUGGCCGUCCAUAGGACGGUCGGACAGCCACCUGGUUAACACCCCGCCCAAACGUGGAGUCCAGUGUCAACCAUCUGUGGCCCCAGUCGAGUUGAAUCCGGGUAUUUAAUCCCCUCACACUUUCUAUAAAUUGGAUUAUUAUUUGCAAUUAUGAAAUCAGUAACCAAGUCAAUUGUAAUUAUUAAUAUUCAACCCAUUAAACCACAAUGUGCCCCAAUGUGCUUUUGUUUGUUUUUUUACUCUGUCUAAUGCCAAACAAUUUUAGUUGUCAAGGGAAAAGUAUUGGACAUUAAUGUCGGUGUUAACCAGUCUAGUUGCACAUAUCUGUUGUUAACUAAGGCACAAUGCACCCAAAUGCGGUUUACUUGUAUUUAACUCUGUCUAACGAGUAACGCCAGACAAUUUUACUUGUCAAAGAGAGGUAUUGGAUAUUAAUGGAGUAAUUUAAUAACAGUACUGAGACCAUGCUACCAGAAUGAAAUAAUUUGAAAUAAGCUAGUUGUAGUUAGCUGAGUUUCCUCCAGUCGUUUGGAGCAGUUCAAUUUAAGAUGGCUCCCUACACUUUUUAAAUUUUUUUAAAUUAAAGAUUUUUUUAUUUGGAUAUGAUUUUCUGGACAAUUAUUACUUGUUUAAAAACGAAGAGUAUCUGACUAGCAUAACACAAUAACUAAAGAGUUAGAUUUUUCAAAAACUACUUCUAAUAGUUGUUGCUAUGGCAACAAUGACGUCACAACAUGGCAGAUAUUUUAUGUUUAAAGUAAUUUAAUUCGAAAAAAGGUCGGUUACCCACAUUUUUUAAUUCAUAAAAUGAUUUCUAUUGAUAUUUUGAAUUUUUUUAAUUAAAUUUAAAUUUAAAAAAAAAUUCUGUCAUGCCGAAAUUUUUCAAGAUAUGAAAAUGUGAAAAUUGGUAAUAGUUUUUUUUGCCAUAUAAUUUUUUUUAAAUCAUGAAAAUAAUUCAAAAUACUAAAAGAAAUCAUUUCAUGAAAUAAAAAAUGGGGGUAACCCAAGUUUUUUUCGAGUUAAUUUACUUUAAACAUAAAAUAUCCACCAUGUUGUGACGUCAUUGUAGUUUUUUUUAAAUUCCGAACUCCUUAGUUAUUGUGUUAUACCACUCAGAUCAACUCUUUGUUUUUUUAAAAUAAUAAUUCUCCAGAAAUUCAUACAAAAAAACCUUUAAUUUUUAAAAAUGUGUAACGAGCCACCUUCAAGUCAAGUUGUAUUAAUUACUUUUGUAUUGGUUUAGUUGCUGACUUGGCUUAACUUUUUGAGAGAAUUACUUAUUAGCAGCCUCAGGAUGUAUAUAAAUAUAUUAUGAUACAAUAUUAUACAAUUAUAAUUUAUAUAAUAAUUAUACAGUACUUAUUCAAAAGUGGCUCCCUUCAUGGCUGUUUAAUAUGGCUUUAGAAGAGGGAAAUAUUGAAAGGAUUAUAAUGAUUAUUGCUGUCAGUAUGCGUUAAAAUUUAUGUAAUUAAGGAUUGUCUUUCUUUGAACUUGGAUGUUGUUGCUAUAAUUACAUGUAUUAUAUUGUAAGCCCAGUCAUUAUUCUGCCUUGGUUAUAAGUACGUUUAAUUCAUAAGUGCUUACUGAACCACUUAGUUUGAUGCCAAUGAAGGGCCACAUCUUUUAGUAAAUGUAGGGGUGCUUAUCAUAUUUCUAUGCAGUUCAGAGCUUAUUUUAUGGGGCGCAGCACCUUCCACAGGGUUCGUAGCGGUCUUUCAAAUCCUUGAAAGUCUUUAAAUUUGAAUGCAGGUCCUUAAGGUCUUUGAAAAGUCUUUGAAUUGUGUCAAAAAGCGAGGAAAGUCUUUAAAAGUCUUUAAAUUCUUUAGUGAGUUUUUGAUUAUACGAUUUUCUAGCUAAUAAAGUAGAUUGAUUGAAGCAAGAUUUUCGCAAAUAUCGAUGAAAAGGUGCAUUUUAGGAUGUGAUUUGACGGGACUAAUUACCGGGUAAAAAUGGUGCUUACACUCGCAAUUUUUCGACAGCUGAUUGCUCUCAAAUGUCUUUGAAAAGUCUUUGAAAAUAGGCAGAAAAAAUCUUUGAAAGUCUUUGAAUUUUUUUGGUCUUGAAGACUACGAACCCUAUUCCGUGGCCGAGUGAAAUUGGGAGCCUCAUGACCCAUGGCUGACCUUGAAGUGCUGCUAUGCUAGAAUUGUUAGCUUUUAGUUAGGGAGAGUUUUGAAGCACAUAAAGUCUGAGCAGGGUAAUCACCAUUUUGAGUUGUAAUACGAAACCUUCGACUUAACCUGCCAGGCUUAAUCCAGUGUUAAGCAGUGCAGGGCAAUUCCAUGGUAGAGGUUUUUUUUCUUCUUAAUUUUAUGAAAAUUUUAGUGAUUAUGGUGGAAAAUAGACCUAAAUAACAUAAAUUGAGCAGAAUAUCAAUUUAGUAUUAGUUUUUAGGGGUCCGAAAGUAAAGACUUUUUAUCGGUAGUUUUGGAAUACCAAUCACAACAGUUUCUGGCUUAUGUUAUGUAUUAGGGCCACCCAGCAGUUCUAUUCUUAAUACAGCAACAUUAGGUAUAUGUCUGCAAGAAAAAGUGUUUUUUUUUCUUAAAAAAUUAAAUCGUAAUUAUUUAAUUUAACUAUGACAUUCCAAGUUAGUGUUUUGAAUCGAUGAAGUACGUACAACUUAUUUCUUACUUUAUGUACUGUAUGAACAAGUAUGAAAAACAGAUAAAAACCCAAAACUGCUACACACAUGCACGACAAUUAAUCAUUCAGUUAUGUAACAUCCGUCACAUGUAACGUCCAUGACAUUCAAAAGUGGGUAAAUACAGUAUCUUAUUUAUCAAUACAAUUUUUCUUGUAUUUAAAAAGAAAUUAGUAUCACUCUGGUAGUAUCACCACCAUAAAUGAAGUAUAUGCCAUGUUCAAGGUAGCCAACGCUGACAUUAGAAUAGGACGCAGUAAAUUCAGCGAAUUAAGACCAAAGCAUGUACUUCUUGGUAGUUAGUUACCGCGAAAUAUAUGUCUCUGCAAGUACCACGAAAACUUUCUUAUGGCUGUCAAUACCCUUAGCAAAGAAGUUGGAGACAUAAUUUCAAAGUACCACCAUGAUCUCCCUGCAACGUUGGUUUGCGCAGCCGCCACAGACGAUUGUUAGUUUAACCAGUGCCCUACAUGUAGUGAUGCAAAACUACUAAGAAGCAUGUUUUUGCUAGAAGAGUCGAAAUCCAAUAAGCCAUUACUUGGUAUGUUUGGGGAAAAGAUGGAGAUGAGAGACUCCACAAGAUGGUAAAGGACGGCGCAACAAAUGACCUGUUUAAUCAUUUAUGCUCGAUACUCCCAGCUUUCCUACAACACUCAUAGAGAUUAUAAAUAACACUAGAGGAGGCAUUGUAAUCUUAAUUCAGUAAAAAAAGGAACGUGACUAUUGGGGGGCAAAUUCAAGUCCCGGAUGUGUAUUCGUGUUCCCAUUGGUGACGAGUUUCAAAUCAGCCAAUGAGAGCACGAUUUUAUAUCCGGGACUUCAAUUUGCCCCCCAUUAGCUGCGUUCCCAAUUUUUAAACUCGAUGCCUCCUCUAGUGUUAUUUAUAAUCUCUAUGACAACACUGCCAUGUGAAAAGAAACCAGGUGGAUAGCUACAACAAGGAAAGAGAGGCUGUUGAUUGUGAAGAUUUUGACAAGUCAUUUGCAGGUCGACUUCUCGGAGAACUGCACAUGUAUGUUUCAAGAUGAAAUACAAAGUACUCACUUGAAGCAAGAUCAAAUCACUGCAGCCUUUUGGUUUGAUUGUAAGCUCCACCCGACAGUUAUUGCAUCUGAUGACUUGAAUCAUGGGAAACAGACGGUUGUGGCCUACAUUGAUCACCUCCUCGACACUCUUCCUGCAACCGUGAAACCGUACUUGUUAAGGAAAACCCCACAUUAUUUGCUUAAUUUGAUUUUUCGGUACUAUAACUACAAAGUAAAUUUUAAAGCAAUUACUACCGUAUAUUGUAACAGUCAAUUUCUUGCUAGGCCUAGAAUCUUUUGUUUUCGCGGGUCAAUGGCGCGGAUCUCAAAAUAUGUUAUUACCUCUUCUUUUUUACAUAAGGGACCGGUCAUUAUUUAUGGCGGGGGGUGGCACCGAAGAGAAAAGGGUUGGGUAAACUACAUUUUGAGUAACUAAAAGGGUGGGUAAAUGAAAAACAAAACAACUCAAGGGUUGGGUAAUAAAAAGUUAUUGUCAUUUCCAGAGCAUGACUCACUUAAAUAUUGCAGACUGAAAAGCAAUGUCAACAGUCGUAUGUCAAUACAAUAUGUGAGUCAAUCAGAGUCACUAUCUUGAUCAUUUAAAGUUUGUUCGUUCACUGCAACCAGGUAUAUCAAUCAUGUUUCGCUCACUACUCUGGUUUCCGAUUUGUUGGGAGACAAAUGGUGUCUCCAAAGAAAGUACAUGUACAUACAACAUGAAAGUUUAGUUAUCAAACUUGUGUCACAGAAGUGGUAAAGGACAUGUGUGACAACUGAAUGGUAUUCUUUUGUAAAGGUUUUGGCCAGGGGUGGGUAGUUAUUUUUUAAUUGAUAUUUGAGGUUGGGUAAUGAAAUUUUUUGCUUUUUAAUGGUUGGGUCAGCAAAAUUUUUACCAGGAAAAACAUUUCUCUUCGGUGCCACCCCCCACGAUAAAUAAUGACCCGUCCCUAACUUGAUAUUCCUUCAUAAUCUGUCAAAUAUAACAUCCUUAAUAACAAAAUCUUCUUAACAAAAAAGGCAUGAAUGUUUUACAAUUUGGCCGCCGGCAAUCCUUCCCCCUAACAUUGAUGCCGAAUCUACGAACAUUUGAAACCUGAAAUAUUGAUGUACUGAAUGAAAGGAAAAUCCUUCGUUGUUAAUGUCUGUAAUGGAUUCCUAUACAGCAUAUAAUAAAUGAUAAUGCUUGAGAACUACUGGCAAAAAAUUGCUGUCGAUAAUUUAAUAUUCAUUUCGGCGGUAUUAUGGAGGACAAUUGAUGUUUGCUAACGAAAAUUCCAUUGUCUAUUUCUGUCACAUGUAGAUGGAUGAAAAUACAAAGAAAAUGCCCGAGAAGGAAGAUUAUGAACGAUGUCAAGAAUAUUGUGAUGGGAAUAUCGCGAUCUUUUAUUGUCCUCAAUGUUUGACCAACUACUGUGCAGAAUGCUAUGAAAAAGAACACAAAUUGAAACGAAGAAAGGAAAACCAUGAAAAGAUCUCUACACCUCGUAAAGUAUGCCGAGAACACCACUUAACACUGGAAUACCAAAACAAAUCACGAUACAUGUGCUGUAUGUGUGUUAAAGAACUUCCUCCUGGAGAAUUGGCUAGAAAUAUCAUUGAACCUAUAGAUGGUGUGGCUACAGUCCUAAAGGAAAAGCUUGAGGACAGGAUUAGAGAACUAGAAUUGGUUUCACAAGCAAUACAUAAGAAGAUUGAAGCAAGUGACGAAAGCAUUAGUUCUGCAGUAGAAUGCGCAAGAUCUGAAGUGCGAAGGUUUUUUACUGCUCUUAACUUGCUCUUAAAUAAGCAAGAAGAAUCAUUUCAGCAUCAGCUUACAUCAUUGUUACAUACAACGACAUCGAAACCCAUUUUUAAUGAGAUGAAAGAAACGUUGGAAGCUAUGGAAGAACUUGUCAAAAAAGGUUAGUGAAAUUAAUGUUUAAGUUGACUCCAUACUCGUUUUUAGCAAGAGGGAAACUUACGAUUUAUACAGCACAUUUAUCGUGAUUUGUUUUGGUAUUCUAGUGUUAAGUGGUGUUCUUCUCUUUUCAUUGUUGUUCUUUCUUCGUUUUAAUUUGGAAUGUUUCAGCAACUGUUACUUGUCGAAAGGCAAACAGUAUCUGAGUUAUACAGUAGAAAACACUAUCGGAUCGGUAUGAAAUCAGUUGAAUGUGGUUGAUAUUUUUGGUUUAAAAUAAUUUAUAAAACAAAAACAGUGCCCCUAUUUUUAUUUUAUUUUUAGUGAAAAUAAUUAUUUAUUAGCCAGCUUUCAAAGAUAUUGAAAGAGUAAUUUUUAUACGCUUGGGAUUUGUUAAUCGAAAACAUUUAACAAAAUAAAACAUGAGAUCAUCGUUUUUUCGAGUUAAAUCGGUUUACAGCAACGGUCUUACUGAAACGUUACCGUAGCAACGGCACUGACGUCAAUUUUGGUAGUAAUUUCGUACUUUCCAGGUAUAGUAUUUUCCAUGAUUCAGAUACUAUUUGCUUUUUCAACUAGUAACAUUUCCAGUUGCUAAAAACAGCAGGGAACCACCUAAUGUGUUCUUUUUUUACAUUCGUCAUGUACUGUAUAGUAAAGGUCACGUACAGUAAGUGAUGAUGAUAAUAUGUUACUUUCAUGAAGUUGUUAUUUUAAUGUAUUUGUUGUUUUACUUUGUUUUUGUGAUGUUAUUUGGCGCUGGUUCUGUUUGUCGUACUGUAGAUUUUGACUAAGUUUCUCUUGGAAUCGUUAUUGUUAUAAAUAUAUCUAUACAGUACAUAUAUUCCCAGGUUGACAAUCUUGGCAAGAUCCUGGUUGAUUAUGCCAUGAUCUUGUCAUGAUCUAUUGAUCUUGGAAACAAAUCCUCCAAGAUACCAUAAAAUCUUUGCAAGAUCCUCCAAGAACUUGCCAUGUGAUCCUGCAAGAUCUUUGUAUACACCGUUUUGCCACGUCAUGUUCGCAGUUUGAAGUUACUGUAUGUCUGCUCGCAAACAGACGUUGGUACAUCAAAAAUUAGCAAAUGAAAUUUGAAUCCUCGCACGCAGUUAUUUAUUCUCGUCAAUGGAGGUUUCGCAUUUCAAUAUGCAAGCACAUCGGAUAAACAAAACAAGAGUUCUAUGUUUUUUUCGACCUGUAGUUUUGUUUUUAAAAACAUUUAUUGCAUGUCGUUAAAGGCAAUGUGGAUCUGCAGCGGUAACAAAAUUUUCACAAACUAAUAAUACUGUACUUUCUUCAAAUUGUUUGUACAAAUGCAGUAUAUGAUUUUUACUUUUAUUUGGGGGAUUUUAGAAACAUUUGCUGGAUUAAAAUAGAUUUAUUCUGGACUGUAGCAACACUAUAGUAGACUUAAUUCGCAUCUCGCUGCUAAACCAUGGCGAUCUUAGUAAGAUCACGGCAAUAUUCUAGAUGAUGCGAAAGAUCAUGUCAAAAUCAUGUCAAAAUCUUCAAUCAUGGCUGUAUCCCUAUUACGUUAACAAUCUAAACAAGGUUUUGGAAAGUCAUGGUAAGAUCUUGGCAAGAUCAUGGUUGGUGAAAUGUUUGCACGAUCGCGACAAUUCUUCAAAUAUCAUGGCAAGAUCUUGCCAAGAAAACAGGAUGAGAGCACAAUCAUGGCAACUUUGUAAAAUCUUGGCAACGUCAUCACAAGAUCUUGAAUGAUCAUGCCAAUACGUGCCAAGAUCGUAAUAGGAUCAUGGUACAAUUGUGCCUAGAUCUUGGUGAAAUGUGUCCAAGAUCAUAGAAGAUCACGGCAAGAUGUAAUGACAGCACGAUCAUGGCGACUUCUUGAUGAAUUUCGGUGAGCUCCAUAUAUAUAUCUGAAGCAAGGACUCGAGUCCAAAAAGUGAAGCCAGCUUCAUGUUAACCGCGCAGACAAAAACAAUGGAAACUGACUGGAAAGGGAGUGGAACUGACGUCCUAUUACUCUUCGAUUUCCGCCAUCUUGGCAAGGAGUGUACCGAAAUUUCGUACUUUGACAUCGAUUCAAGGAGUGACACCAUGGUUUUAUGAACUGAUAACUUGUUUAGGGAUACGGUCCGUUAGAAAAAACUGGUAUUUGCUAGGGAAAAUGGUAUUAUAAUUGUUUACGGCCUUCGUAGCUAUUGGACGUCAAUUUCCGCCAUCUUGACUUCACUUUUCGCAUUGACUGAAUGGCUGACGUCCUUGCUCCAGAUAUAUAUAGAGCUGACUGGUUAAAUAUUGAUAAAGUUACGGCAAGAUCUUGAAAGGCCUUAGCAAAAUGAAGCAAAAAUUGUAACAAGGUUGUCGUACACUCAUGUAGCAAGAUCCUGAUGAAACCUUGGCAAGAUCUUGAAAGAUCAUGGCAAGGUAUUUCAACGAUUGUAACAAGAUCAUGGUACAAUUAUUGCACGAUCUUGGUGAAAUUUUGCCGAGAUCGUGGACGAUCAUUGCAGGAUAAUGAGCAAAAUGUAUUGACGUUUCUUUUUACAAUGUUCCAAGAUCCUUUCAAGAAAAUAGGAAAAUCGUGGUAAGAACAUGGCAAGAACAAUUCUUAAUUGAAUUUUGUAUUAAAGAAAUUGGCAAAAUGUCCAACCUUCCAAAAACCUUUUUCCUGGAUAUGGUGUUUCUUGCUUUUUUUCCUAAAACAUUAUAACGUACAGUAGUAAACUAAUAAACAAAUGAUUUUAUGACUCAUUUUGACUGGACAGCGAUAUCUUAUCUUUUCAGGUAAAGCAUUAUUAUGUGAAGACAAUCUGGUUGUUGCCAAAAAGUUUGAUCAUAUUUCAAGAGUAAUUGAUGGGCUACUUGACUGUGAAAAUAUCAAGAAAUUCCCAUCACCAACGUUGAAUGUAUCUAUCAAUGUUCAUCGACAUCUUCUUGAAAUGGUCAGACAUCCUGGAUAUAUAUCCACCACUUUCGACGAAUGUAGAGGUAUGUACAUUUGCUGCCGUUUCUGAAUAUAUCAGUCGAUCAUCUCAGUAGCUCAGUGGUUACAACCUGCAGUGAUCCACCUUUCUCUCAGCUUCGAUUCCCGAUUAGCAUUAGCACAUACAGAUGUCAAGUUUACAUUAAAUAUGGAAAGUUGUAAGUUUUGUGACUUCUGCUUUAGUAGUUCUUUCUCUUCUUACCUGUUUCUAACUAAUAUUUUGCUUUUCUGCAAAACAUAAAUCGGAUAGCAGGCUGAUCCCCCGACUUUGAAUUUAUCCAAAAUUAACACGACGUAAUUAGUAACUCAAGCAAAACAUCCUUGACCUAGAUUAACCCGUACAGAGAUUAAAUCGCGCUAAGUGUAAGUCACUCCAUGACAAAAAGUGUAACAGUAUCUUUUUCUUCAAUGUUUAGGAAAUGUUGUGUAUAAAUGCGAACAGAAGCCAAAGAAGCUUGAUGAGAAUCUAGAGAAGAAUUUUAACACAAAAGAACAACAAGAUAUUCGUGAAACAUUUCCUACUCCGCCUCAAGUCGCAAUGUGUUCACCACCAAUCAGUGUAACAGGGGAUGAUGAAGAUAUGUCAUAUUCGCUGCUGCCUCAAUUUUCUCGAAACUCAAGUCCAAUAUUCGAUAGUACUGAAGAGGUUUGUACAUGCACUACACUAACUACAGUACUUCUUUUGUUCCCCAUGCACAUUAACUACUAUCUUGCCAAGACACAUUUUUUCAAAAUGCUUUUAGCAAGCUUGUCAAGAAUUUCUAUCGGGAGUAUUCUUUCUCCCUAGUUGCUACCAAUUUUAUUACGUUUGGUUUUUUACCAUAAAAAUUUCUGAACAUUUAGACAAGUUUUUCCAUUGCGAAGUGCUAGCAAGUUUCUGAGAACACCUAAAUCUGGUUUUUACGAUAGAAGUUUCUUUUGUUGCAUCUUGGUUUUCAGAAGCAUAAGUCGUUUUUUGAUAUGUCAAACACCAAGAAAAUGCUUAAAAAUUGACAUACUAUUUAUCUGGUCUAUUAAUAUUUAUCUGGUCUAUUAAUAUUUACCUGGUCUCAUUAUCCCUGUAUAGUUAAUCCAGGGCAAAGAAUUUUCGCUUGAGUUCCUAAUUACGUCGAAAAUAUGUUAUUUUUUGGAUUAAUUCAAAGUCGAGGGAUCAGACUGGUUUCCGAUUUAUGUUUUGUAGAAGAGCGAAAUAUAGUAAUAACUGGUCACUACCUUAUUACCUUAACACAGUCUUUUAUUCUAAACAUUCGCUUCACCAUUGGCAAAUUAAGUAUUGUGUAGUUUUUGUCUACGUAUGUUUUUGACACGGCUUUUCCGAGGAGGAUUGUUGUCUUUUUCCAUUUUAGUUUUCUACAAAGCUUAAUUGAUUGACGGAUGUUAAAAAUAAGUUGUGGGAUUUUUUUCCAAGGACUCGACAUUACGACCACUGGCUGUGAAUAAUGUGAAUGACAAAGAUAUAAAUAAAGCGAACCCUCGAAGUUCACUGUGUUCAUGUAAUUCUGAAAUGUCACUUGAUACAACGCAAAAACAGCAGCAGACAACAAAAGCGGAUACUGCAUACCAGAGGACAGAAGAUAAACAAGGUACUUUCAUUACAACCUCGACAGAUUUUAGCGAAAUAAUAAAUUCUUAGGAGAAAAAAGCUAACUAAAACAAAGUACAGUAACUUCUUGUUUCCAUUCUUCGUUUUUGAAAUUAUUCCUACUGCAGGCUUUAUAAAUAUUUCCAUUCCGAACUGUUCCGCUGUAAUUUAGGUAUCGUGUUAGUAGAUUUAUUUGGUAUUCAAUAAUUUCAAUAAUUAGGUAUUCAGUAUGUUAGUUUUUAAUAAGUGUAAUUUCCAAAAUUUGGCUAUCAAACAUCAAAAAAUGUCUGAAGAUUUCAGCAAAAAUUUAGAUCGUCAAAAACAGUUACUUUGCUGUUUUAGGAGUUCUUUCGUUUACAGUAAACAAGUAUUAAACAUUUCUCUUUAAUUGUGAUGUUUUUGUACCCUGUACAUGUACAUGUAGUCAGAAAUUGGAAUAGGUGGUGGAUGGUAUUGAGGGAUGGUCACCUAUUUCGGUUCAUUAACAAUAUAUAUGCCUUGCCCUUUUUUGCUGGAAAUUCCAUUCUUUAAGGUGGCUCCCUAGGGUUUUUUAAUUUACUACGCUAUAGUAUUCAGGAGACUCCUGUUUCUUUACUUUACAUGACAUGAAAACGAAAUUUAUUGGACACAUUGACAAUGUUCUCCUGAACAUUGCAAAUUGCUACUUUUGUGUUAAAAUAUGUUGUCAUGGCAACAGCAUGCUUAGAAUAAAGCUCAAAAUUUGUCUUUUUCAGAUCAUUUUAAAAAUUCCCUUCGGUGAAAUUUUUUAAAACUUUGCAUGAAAGAUAAUACUUGUAAAAUGAUUUUUUCCCCUCAAUUUAAAAAAAUUAAAUCUAUACGUUUCUUAGAAAAUUUAAAAAACGUCAAAAAUCAAUAUUAAAAAUUUUCCUUUCGAUUUAAUUUUAAGAAAAAAAGGAUAUUGCACUUGUUGUGCCGAUAUUAAAAAAUGUGCAAAGUUUUAAAAACAUUUACCGAAGGAAAACAGAGAAAUUUGGGGUUAAUUUUUGGCAAUUUUUACUAGAUUUUUACGUGAACAAUUUAAUACCCCAACUGACGUGUACAUGCAUUCUGCAUAAAACAACAAGGCAUGACUUUUUUGAAAUCACAAAAUAUAAAUUAUGUUUGAUAUACUGUUUAUAACUGUGUCGGUUAAUGGUCAACUAAGCGUGGAUUAUACAUGUAAAAUUAGCAAAUAUAUUUAUGUAAUUACUGGUUAUGACUUCUUGGUAUUAAUUUGAAAAAUGUUUGUCAAAAUUCGUCCCGUGCGAGUUAGUACUAUCGUCGGAUGUUUUCGCAAAAUGCCCGUUCAAAUAUGUAUAGUCAGGUAUAUCUGUAUAGUCAGGUAUGUUUGGAGUUUCGGCCCUGCUCAUUUCACCCGUAGAGGGCUCAUUAUUUAAGUCAUCUUUAUUGUCAUAAGUGCUGCUAGAUUGUGGAGAAAACACUGCAAAUUCUUGAGGAAACUUUAUAUCAUAUCCCAAUGUUCGCGAUUGAACCUCGCGUACGGCGGUUCAAAAAACUUCCAGAAUACCGCUUGAAAAAAAAACAAGUUUACAUUAUCUUCUUUUGAAACAUUACAUCCAAGUAUUUCGUUUGGCUUUUAGAACUCUUUUUAUGCUUUCAACUAAAGCAAAGUUCACACUUUUGUUUAAAAAAAGAGUUCCAUAUAAAACACAACGUUCGUUCGUAUUUUGAAGUCACACGAGCCUAGUAAUACAUAUAUAUGAAGAACGUAACCCCCGGAAAUAAAACCCUAGGGAGCCACCUUAAACUUUUGCAAAAGUUUAAAAAAUGUUACUUAAUAAUAAGUUACCAAGCUUUUGUUGUUAAAGGAAAAUGGCAACACAAAUUAUGCUUGUCAAAUUUGAGAGAACGUUGAGAAUAUUUAUACAAAGUCUGUUUUCAAAUAUUCCCAUGCAAAGUAUGUUAAUUUUUUUAGAUAUUUUGAACCAAAGAUUUGGUAUCCGCCUAGUUGUUGUAUAAUUAGAACAAUUAAAUGACAUCUCAACAGGGUGGACUUUUUGAAGUAAAAAUUAAUCUCAGUGGAAUGUUUAUACGUAGCUUCAUCUUUGGUUUAAAAAAAGCAGUAUAAAAAAUGUGGCAAUUAGCAUUAAAAUGAUCCGAGAAUUGUUAAAGAAAAAAUAAUUUUACCCUUGUUGUGCCGCGGGUUUAUAUGCAUUCGUGCUUGCUUCAAACCACAUGGGACGUGAUCGCACAGUGCUAUGGUGUUCCAGUAGCGCUAUGGUGGUUAGGCCGGUUGUGAAGAUGCUGAUGCGCGCGUAUUGACUAACUGAAUUACGCAUGCGUGAUUUUGGUGUUGACAAAAACGUUGACUGCUUGAUAAACUCUCUAGUGCGACGGAAAAGUAGGGAAAUAAAAGGGACUGCUCGAGACAUGUUAAUUAAUGCCACUGCAUGUCCUGAUGUUCUAGAUUCGUACAGCAAGUGUAAAGAAAACAAGGAAAACAAAAAUGUAAAGAGAAAACUCAGCGACAAGAACCUUUAUUUGCCGUUUCCGAGAAAAACAAGACGCACCGAGGCAUCUAAAGAAUUGAAUGUAAGUAUAAUGUGUGGACAGAAAUUCCAAACUAAGCCCGUUUAAACGAAGAUAGCUUUUCAUACUGGAUGUUCUAUCAUUUCAAAAGCGCUCCAAUAGAGCCCAUGCCCAUACACCCAUUGGGAAAGUAUAUAGCCGUGGCUAUAGAGCCUCUUUCUGUCUUGGAAACUUUGGCUUAAGAGCCCUUUGUCUUGUUAGUGAGUACAAGAUUAUAAAUAGGUGUUUUAUACUUACGGAUAUAACUGUACGCGUUUGUAAAUGUGUGACCUGUAACAAGAUAAAGGACUUUAUACUUAAUAUCUCAAUCAAGAAAACGAGGCUCAAAAGCCAAGACUGAGCACUUUCUGGAAGGGUUUUCUACUAUUUAUGACAGGAAGAUAUCGGAGGAUGCGGUGAAGAUCUUGUUGUAGAUUGAAACUGUAUGCACUCUUUCAAAAUGCAUGACUGAGGCAAAAUUAUAUUGAAAUUGUGUAAUACCAGAAGGCAAGUGCUAUCGUCGAGGUCUUCACCACUGCGCAUGCACUAGCUAAUGAAGACGUACUGACACAUAGUGAAAAAGUAUACUGAUAGUAAACGAUCUUCUGAACCGUCUUUUGCUUUCAGCUAUGUGACAAGUUGCUAACAGAACUCUGGGUCUCCGAUAAUUCAUUUCCGUUUGCAAGACCAGUUGACCAAAAAAAGGUAAUGUGCAUAUACAGUAGUGUAUAAAUUUAAACCUUUCGACAUGGCAAGUAACUCUAUGCAUGCAUCUACUGUAGUUCUGGUUGAUUAUUAACUUCUUAUUAACCGAGGGCGAGGUCUUUACAGAGAAAUAUCGCACCGAAGUCUUUUUGUACAGACCGAGCCCGUAGGGCGAGGUUUGUACAAAAAAGACCUCGGUGCGAUAUUUCUCUGUAAAUACCGAGCUAGCGAGGUUAAUAAAAAGUUUAUUAUAUGACAUUUAUACUCGAAACAAACAAGAAAUGCAUGAUUUGAAAUGCAUAUUUAUUUAGUAGCGUGGUACACAUUUGGUCGAAGAAAACAAAAGUUACCAUUGUAUUCCUUCCUUUCCACUUAAAACCAGUCGCAGAUAUCUUAUAAAUUAAAUUAUAAUUUUCAAAUUUUCAAUUAGUUUUGCUGUUUUGUUUUAAAAUGCACGCGUUUGUCUUUACGUAAUGGACCGCCGGUCCUUUACGGGAAAAUAAUGGACCGCUGAAAGUGCUUCUCAGUCAAUCACAGUCCGCCAUUUCACUGGAAGUGAUGCUUGCCAUAUAAUAAAAGGAGUUUAAAGAGCGUUCGGCUCGAACAUUAUGUCAUUCCGGAUCUACUGUUUGUAGAAAGAUGCUUAAGAUGAUAAUUUAACAAUUUAUGUACUAUUUAAAACACGAGUUGGAGUGCUUUAUCAUAUAUAAUACACGAGGCGACAGCCGAGUGUUUUAUGUAUGUGAUAAAGCUCGGAAUGCGAGUGCGUGAGCAAAUCACUGCUCAAAAGUUGAAAAAUCCACCCUAUCGAUACUAUGGUCAGUACGGGAUGACGUAAACAUACAGCGUGCGUUUCCCAUGACGAAUCUCGUACUCGGAGUCGCUGCUAAAGCUACAAUGAAUUGACUUCAAUGUACUUAGUUGCCAAGCCCGAAAGGUACUUUUCGCGAACCAAAAUUUAAACAAACAAAUAUAAACAUCGCAUGAUUCCUUGGCUUAAUUCGAUCAAAUAUUUUUAUAAAUUUUGUACUGAACAAAAUGUUUUCGCUAACUGAAAUUUGUACAGUAUAGUUGCGUGUCAAAAAGCAUUUUUCAAGCAUAUUCAUACUGUAAAACGAUAAGGAAAAUAAAUCAUUUUAAUUAGUUUACCUUAUGUAUUGUCUUGUUGAGUAGAAAGGCAUAUAUUGCAUUGAAACUAAAGGCUUUUUUCCGGGGGGGGGUUUAUCGCGUCGUUUUAGCGGUUUGUCAACCAUGCUUGAACUAAAGUAACAAAACACCACUGAUAUCAAAUGUACUUCGCAAUAACUGGACUUUUUUUUAAUUUCAUGUAAAAUGUGUAUUCUAAGCCAUAUAUGUUUGGACUCCAAAUGCAAGUGAAUUCAAAUUUGUUUCUUUCAAUGGCGCACUCAGUGGUACGUGACCUGAAAUGAGCUAAUUAGUUAUGCGUACAGUACCUUCUGCGUGCCGAAAAAAAGGGAGCUAGGAAAUAUUCCACUUGGCAGUUUCAAUAAGCAGUAAAGUUACUAUUCUAACGAAGAUAAUGGAACAACGUUUUUUUGAAAAUCAUCAACAAUACCCAUCACGCAAGAACUGUACCGUAGGAUUACUAGAACUACAUUAAUGCAAAGGCCGCGCCCUAUAAUAACUGACUAACGUAUUAAAUAUUUUUUAAUCUUUUUACAUUUCCAAUAAUAUAACCACUCAGCACAGCGUUUUCACAUUGGUACUACCUACACUCGUACAGACAGUUUUAGUAUUCAAUUAUUAUCCCCAUCAUUUCCGUCAGAUAAAGGCGGGCAAAUUAUCGGUGGAAUGGCCCCUCUCAUGUUCAGCCCCCUUUCUAAUGUUUGGGUUGCCUUUCAUAUCCCCCGCUUCUGUUUUCACGCGCCGCACCCUCUCUUCGGCUCUUCUAAUUGGAACACCAGACCAGCCAGGUAUGUUCAGCGUUAUCAAAACCAUGACUCGUGCCGUAUAAAACAUUUUGACACAUGGCCUGGGAAAUGUCUAGUAAUAGUUUGCCGAACAUAGCUCGACGAUUGGGUUUCAGUGAAUAGAUGAUGUUGUACUUCAAAAAUGAUCAUUGCAUAAUGUCAAUAGUGAAAAUUCAUUACUUUCGUAAUAUACAAUAUACCAUUCGACUGGACAAUUUUUGCUUCAUCCAUUAUAUCAGACUUUUGUCCAAUGCCAACUGAACUGCUGGAGGUAGUCGCUAGCCCCAGUGUAGCAACGUGCGAUGAUGCGCGUGAACAUUAAUGCAUUCAAACACUCAGCAUGCUACUUCAAUAUUUGUCAAAUUACAACAAAGCCUGAUACUCAGGUUAUUGUCCAGAUCAAUUUGCUUCAUGUUGCUGUUGAUUGUCUGCAAAUGCAUUAGUGACAGGUUUCAGUUACCUUCUUUAAUACUGUGAGUUUAAACAUUUAACCGUCUGUUUGAACUGGCAUUUUUAUGUUGCCAAUAUUAACCUGUACUUUAACCUAUCAUAACAUCUAAUACUAUUGCUUAAUGCACGGCUUUAAUUUUAAAAAUAAACGUCAUCUAUGCCGAGAAAAUCAAAGUUAAAGUUCAUGUAAAUUAACAUCACUCUUGCAUGUUUUUCCCAAAUUUCACUCGAAAUCAUACUAUGACUUAUACAUAUAAAACCAGCGACAGCGCAGUGAUUUUCUUUGUCUUUUCUUCAUGAGUUAUUAAUGCGAUUUUUAAGAAAGGUUUGAAAUUCGUAUUAAUGAAUCUGAAACUUUUGUAAGCUUUUGUUCAAGCAUAAAUUCUUGCAAAUUUGUGAGCUUUUUACAGUGACAUUAUCUUGUACGUGAUGAUUUGAUAGACAUGAAAUAUUUAUACAACUCAAACAUAUGCAUUAAACUCCAACCAAACUGACAAAUAUACAAGUUGGCUAAAUCAUAUACGUGAACUGUAGUGUGUUUUUGAACAAGGCGGGUUUUUCUAUUCGUCUAGUUUUGUGCGAGUCUGUGGGUCAAAUUAUCAAAUUACAUAAUUGCCAGGUUAAAAUUGUAUUCUAUGUAUAUCACUUCCUCCUCGACGAUUGCCUAUAGUCCAUAAAGAGAAGUCUGCGUGUAUUUCCUCAAUCUCGUUCUUUGCCCCACCAUGACUUUAUUCUUCACGACAUAAAUUCAAACACGACAGUUAGUGCUUCCGGCAUAGACAUUAAACUUCCAGAAGAUCGACAAUUUCUUUUUUCUCUUUCAGUUUUUUGGUCAAAUUAUUUUACAAUUUUUGCACUUCAUUUUAUUUUGAUGACGAUGAAACAAAACUCUUUGUACAUACCAUAUAAUAUCUUUGAGGUCACCACUAAUACUCAUUUGGAGGCUACCCUCUGCUGUUUUCAACCUUGAAUACAUGCAGCAGCUGCAGCUGUCCUAACUCUUAUUACUGCAAGCAGAAUUCAAGCUUUAUGUCUCGAAACACCAAGCAACAAGAAAUUUAAAAUCAUUUUCUUUUAAUCCAGGUCCCUAAAUAUUACGAAGUCGUAAAGAAUCCGAUUGAUUUGACGGCAAUCAAAACGAAAUUACAAAGUAUAAUCUAUGAUUCAGUGUAUGAUUUUGUUGAUGACAUGAAAUUGUUGUUCGACAACUGUUUUCUUUUUAACCCGGUAAGUAAGUGUGAAAUGUAUUCACAAGGAUUUAUUUAAGAUUAAGAGCUCACUUGAAAAAUAAGAAGUUUAGCCGACCAGUUUUUAACAGACGGUCACAGAUGUCCUGAGAAAUUAUUGUCUUUAAAAGGCGACUUGAUAAGAUUUUUUGUUUCUUGAGAACCUCCAAAAAAAUCCACUGUUUUUGUUCGCUCUAGCAGUCUAGCUACUUUAUUCGUUUCGAUACUUUUUUUUCAAUUCUUUCGUUUUAUUGCCACAUAAACGAAAAAAAGAAACGAGGAAAUAAAAUUGUUUGCCCAAGUUAUCCAAAAUGAUAAGAAAUCGCUCUUUACUUUCAUGUGAACGAGAAAUUUAGUUUCUUAAAAAGAUUGCAAGUUGCAAGUUUUGGUGAGAUUUCAACGGAGUGCAACUUGUUUCGCGACCCGCAAUGCGAUUAUAUUCUUUUCCUUUUGAAUUUACGGGCGAAUUUCACCCGAUUGUCUGAUAGUCGUUUCCGUGACUGGUUAAUUUCUGAAAAAAUUGCGAACCAAAUUGCAGUGGCGGCGUUAGAUGCUGCAACUCUGUGAAUAGAAGUAGCUGUAAUAUAGCGUUACCAUAAAUUACCUUAAAUCUGCACUUAACAUUAACUGAUUAUUUUCAAGUCUUUUUGAUAAAAUCAUAAGAUUUAUCCAAAUUGAAACUCCGUGCUUAAAGAUGUCUCGGAAUAGAACGACAUUAGAAGAAAAAUGGUGGUAGGCCAAAAAUGUUGGGUCUAUUUGAAAAAGCCUUUAUGUGUUUGUACAUUCUUCUUUUUCAGCCCACUUCAGCGAUAUUCGAAAACGGUGUAAAGCUAGAACAACAAUUUAUGGAAUUGAUGAGAGCGAGUUUUCCUUCGCUCUACUAUCAAUCAUCCAUACCUGGAAAUAAUGUAGCCCAGGACAAGACUGCGUAGAAUGUGUGUACAAAGCUUUUAAAUUAUAUUGAAUAUCAAUUUUUGUAUGUGGCAAUGGAAAUAAAAGUUUUUCUAAUCGUUGCGCUGGUUUUAUGAAUUAAAGUCCGGCCUAAAAUGUUGAACUGAAAUAUACUGUACCAUGCAUGGUACAAUGAAGGGUGGCGAGAGGGUAAAGUGU